CAUACUUGAAGACCUUUGACUUGGCUAUCCAUGAAGCUGCCUUUGAACCAACAACGUGGGUUCAAAGCCACGCACAAGCCGUAGAAGUGUCGUCUCCAUAGUCUCUCUCUCUCUCUCUCGUUCAAAAUAAAAGUUUUAAGAGAGAAAGCCCACAACUCCUCUCUUUAUCUUUUUCCGGAUCUCUCCAAUCAAACCCACCAUUAUCAUGCCUAAACUUUUUUCUUCUUCUUCUUCUUCACCACCAAAUCACCUUCUCUGCCUCUUCUUCCUCUUCCUUCUCAGUAAUGCCGUCGCCGCCGCCGCCGCAACCACUCAACGAUUUAAAGAAGCCCCGAAAUUCUACAACUCACCGGAAUGCCCUUCCUUAACCACUAACUCCACCGCCGCCGACGACGUCAACGGCAUGUGCUCCUAUAAAGCUGUCCAUGUCGCCAUGACUCUCGACGCAGCCUACCUCCGUGGCUCGAUGGCCGCCAUUCUCUCCGUCCUUCAGCAUUCUUCUUGCCCUGAAAAUAUCAGGUUCCACUUCGUCUCGUCGUCCUCCGCCGACGCCGUAGCACUCCGACAGACAAUCUCCAUCUCGUUUCCUUACCUGAAAUUCCAAAUCUAUCCCUUUGACGAUUUGGCGGUGUCGGGACUCAUAUCGACCUCCAUUCGCGCCGCUCUGGACUGCCCGCUCAACUACGCUCGGAACUACCUGGCGGAAGUGCUCCCACAAUGCGUCCACCGCGUGGUCUACCUGGACUCGGACCUAGUCCUCGUCGACGACAUUUCGAAGCUCGCCGCCACUCCGCUGGGCGAUAAAGCGGUGCUAGCGGCGCCUGAGUACUGCAAUGCCAACUUUACUUCGUAUUUCACGCCGUCGUUUUGGUCGAACCCGACGCUGUCGCUGACAUUCUCUGGUCGAAAAGCGUGCUAUUUCAAUACGGGAGUGAUGGUGAUCGAUUUGGAGAGGUGGAGAGCAGGUGACUACACGACGAAAAUCGUGGAGUGGAUGGAGCUGCAGAAGAGAAUGCGGAUCUACGAGCUGGGCUCGCUGCCUCCGUUCCUGCUGGUAUUCGCCGGCAACAUAGCUCCGGUGGAUCACAGAUGGAACCAGCACGGCCUCGGAGGUGACAAUUUCAGAGGGCUUUGUCGUAAUUUGCAUUCGGGUCCGGUGAGUUUGUUGCACUGGAGCGGCAAAGGGAAGCCCUGGGCACGCCUCGAUGCCAACCGGCCUUGUCCCUUGGAUGCUCUUUGGGCUCCUUAUGAUCUAUUACAAACGCCCUUUUCUCUUGAGUCUUAAAUUCUAAUUAAGUGUAUAAAUAAUUUUUGGUUUCUUUAAUUUUUUCUUUUUUUUCCGAUCCCGAAAAUUAAAGGUUUUUGGGUUGACAAACACCAUGAAGCAGGGGAGAGUGAUCUAUGGCUUAACGAUCCCUUCUUUUUGUCUUUCAGAUGACUGAGAAAGAUAGAAAUUAAAAACAUGAGGUCGUUUGUACAUUAUAUAAUAAUAUAUUGCAGCAGUUGAAAUAGAACUUUACAAUAUAUUUUGCUUGAUCUUAUU